ACCAGAUGAUGGUCAACGAAGAAACAGCCCUGGACCCAGAUGAACAGAUGGUCAAAGAAAUGCAAGGAGGAGCAGGACCUUAUGAGAAAUCGGCGUGGAAAGGAAAAGGGGCCAGACAGAGCCCGGAUGGAAUAUACUACUCCACCACUGGAAAACCGGUUGUCUCCUCCAAGGCCCUGCUGUUCCUCCUAAGGAAGGAACAUGGAUUGGCACACGAAGGAAAGACCAAGACCCGGGAAAGGAUUGAAAGGUACUGGUGGCAUCCAGCUCUCAAAGCUGUGUGUGCGACCAGUAUGUCCAGGACUGUCAAACGUGCCAAGCCUGUAACCAAAGGCAGGGAUUCAAGAUAACCAAAGGACAAUUCCCCGUGCCCCAGCUCCCAUUUCAAGAAAUUUACAUUGAUUUCACAGAUAUGGGACAAGAGAACAGAGUUGACGGAAAACGGUUUAUGUUAGUAGCCGUCGACAGGUUCACUAGAUGGGUAGAAGCAAUUCCGGUUAAAAAAGAGGACGGGAAAACAGUCAUCAAAUGGUUAACACAGGAACUCAUUCCCCGCUGGGGAUACCCAAAGCUUAUCUGCUCAGAUAAUGGUACCCACUUCGCCAACGCCCACCUUCAGGAGGUGGAAACAUACAUAGGACUCAAACAUAGAUUCGGCUCAGUAUAUCACCCCCAAUCGCAAGGCCUGGUAGAACGAGCAAACCAGACAAUCAAAAAUCAAUUAACAAAAAUACUCAGAAACAACAGACUGGAGAAAUCUAGGGACAGCACAGAGGAGGUAGAAACUCGAACCUUAGGACGCAUGCAGGUGAAUCAGCUGACAGGGAAAGUUAAAGAAAAGACAGCAGGGAAGAAGAUGACCUGGGUGACAGCUCUGCCAUUGGCAUUAAUGGCCAUAAGACCCUCUCCUUCUAACACCACCCUUCUCAGCCCCCAUGAAUUAGUCACAGGACGUCCCAUGCAAGGACCAUACAGCCCACCAUCCAAAGGACCCCCAUCUGACAGGUUUGAUGAAGUAAUGCAGGAGUACCUGCAAGCACUAACUCAAGCUUCUUUAAGGUUGUAUUCCCAGAUCACAGACCAGAAGCCGUCCGAUCCAGAGGAUCCUUCACCAACGUCGGUGACACCUGGCGAGUGGAUCUGGGUGAAAAAACACCAUCGAAAGACCCUAGAAGACCGGUGGGAGGGGCCAUACAAGGUACUCUUGGCCACACCCUUUUCUGUUUCUGUAGAAGACCGACGCGGGGCCCAGUGGCACCACCUGAGCCGGUGCCGCAAAGCAGAUACUCCUGGCAGAUCGUGGACUGAGACCCUGACCGACCUAGCUGCACUCCAAGCCAAGGACAAACACUCCUCAUCCCAAGACGAUGGGCCACAGCGUGCCCUUGGAAAAGUACCUGGUAGGAUUCCUUCUGGUAGUCCUGUUCCAAGAAGGAGCGGGAGACAACAUCGCCAGCACCAGAUGGGUCCGUGGCCAGGGCAUUGGCUGGACUGCAAUCCCUCAAGUUGGAGUUGGCCGAGAACUCCGGUAUUGGUGACCCAAUAGCUGGAUGGAUGGAGAACCUGUUUGGUAGGUGGAGAGGUAUGAUCCAGUCAGUACUCAUCGCGGGAAUAAUGGCAGUAGCCGUGUUAAUUGUUGUCGGCUGCUGUUGUAUUCCCUGCGCACGAGGGCUACUGAAUCGGCUGAUCACCACAGCAGUGGGCGCUACAGAAGUGCCAGGUGACAUUCAUGCUUACGUAGGAAUCAGAUAUAAUCAGUUGAACUUGAAUGAGAUACCACCUGAGGAACCCGAACCUAUCCAGUUACAAUAUAUAGAAUAAAAUGCCACCAUUUGUAGCACCUGUGUCUAAGAUAAUCAAUAUCCUGGAUUUACUUGAAUAAUUAAUUGUUGAACCACCAAGACGAGUUGUGUUUGUUAUUAUAUAGUAUUGUUUGGUUGCGAGUGCAACCAGUUAUUUCUGAAUCGCUGCAUUGAUAAUGGUACUGUUGAUCUUCCUUGAGACGGUUGUUUUACAGGCCACCUGUUACUGACACGACGAUGACGGAGAACCUGCUUGGAGGCUCCCAUGAUGUAGGAGUAACCUCUCUGAGUUGAGCCCUUGACAAGGAGGGACGAGUCUUGGGUUCAUGAAUUACAGGCCCGACGGCGACAGAAAAAACAAUGACUACGAUAAUAACAAUGCCCAAACCACCCACAUGAACCGGCGCACCAAUACACGAAGAUCACCUAAACCCCCCAAAUCCAUGCCCAAACCACCCACAUGAACCGGCGCACCAAUACACGAAGAUCACCUGAACCCCCCAAAUCCAUGCUUGCCUAUCAAUCAUUUUGAAAUUUUAAAAUUGUAUUAUGAACACCAAUUUUUACGUUACUUUUGCAUCUGUUGAAAAUUGUAUGACCUUGUAGCACAUGACCAAAAGUAUUAGCUCAGGAUUUCUAUGGAUAGUUUUGUUUGUGUGUUGUUUGGCCAUGUGAUUGUAUGAUAACAAGAUAUAUGUUCAUUGUUGUAUUGUUUAAUAAUGACCUGUAUUUCCA